ACGGUCAAGAUGCAAACCCCCAAAAUAUCUCAAACCCUAAAAUCGAAGGCGGACACGAUAAUUCCUACAGUGCGGACGCACCCGUAAAUUUAUUACAUUCAGUUGUUGUAUAAAUACAUAACCAGCCCGUAUCAACCCCUUCAUCUCUGUCUCUCUAAACCCUAUUCGUUUUUAGGGUUUUUCUCAAGCCGCUCUUCUUCUAAACCCCUUUCUCACUGACACUCAUGGGUAAAUCUGCAAAGAAAUCAGCCACUAAGGUUGCUGUAGCUCCAGCUGCAGCUGCUACCAAGCCAUUGACUCAAGGGAAGAGAGAAGCGGAAGAUGUGGCAGAGAAGCAGCAAGUGUCUGCGAAGAAACAAAAGCAAAACGAGGCUGCGUUGAAGAAGGCAGUUGCUGAGAAGAUUGAGGAGGUCAAGAUUCCGGAGAAAACCGAAGAAAGUGGUUCGGAGGAUGGUUCUGAUGCAGAUGAUAGCGGUUUGGAGGAUGAUGAAAUAGAAACUGCCCCUGUAUCCUCCAAGGGAGAGGAUGAUGCCUCUAAAGGUGAAACUGACGAUGAGUCUGGUGAUGAUGAGAUGCCUGAAGGUGCUGAAGCUGAAGAUGGUAGCUCUGAGGAAGAAGGUUCUGAAGAGGAAGCUUCAGAAUCUGAGGAAGAAGAAAAAAAGACUCCCAAGCUAGAUGCCAAUAAAGCUACAAAAACCCCUAGCACACCACAAGCUGCAGCUACAGGAGGCAAAACUCUUUUCAUGGGCAAUCUGGCAUUCUCUGUGGAGAUAUCUGAUGUGGAGGAUUUUUUCAGAAAUGCUGGGGAAAUUGGUGAUGUUCGCCUAGCUGAAGAUAGAGAUGGGAAAUUUAAGGGCUUUGGCCAUGUGGAGUUUGCCACUGCAGAAGCAGCUCAAGAUGCUCUUAAAUUAAAUGGUGCAGAUUUCAUGGGUCGUCCAAUUAAGCUUGAUAUGGCCCGUGAAAAGGGUGCAUAUACCCCAGCAAGCGGCAAUGAUAAGGGAGGAAAAGCACAAGGUCAAAGUCAAACAGUAUAUGUCAAAGGUUUUGAUACAAGUGAUGGUGAGGAUCAGGUUAUAAGUGCACUAAAAGGGCAUUUUGGGUCAUGUGGGAAUAUAACAAGAGUGUCUGUUCCCAAGGAUUAUGAGGGUGGUUUGAAAGGAAUUGCUUAUAUGGAUUUUGCAGAUAGUAAUGGACUAAGCAAGGCUUUAGAACUUAAUAAUUCUGAACUUGGAGAGGGCUAUUUGACUGUAGAGGAGGCAAAAACUAGGAUAGCAGUUUUGGCAGUGGUGGAGGUGGUGGAAGAUUUUUCGGAGGUAGGAGUGUCGGGGUGGAAGGUUUGGCGGGGAGGCCGGUUCGGUGGCGGAGGCCGAAGUGGUGGUAGAGGUGGUGGUGGUAGGUUUGGUGGGGAUAGUGUGGUAGGUUUGGUGGCAGAGGAAGGAGCGGUGGUGAUCGCGGUGGCAGAGGAAGAAGUGGAGGAUUUAGCAGCAGACCUAGCAUGGCGACUCCUGGCACUGGAAAGAAAACCACCUUCGAUGAUUGAGCAAGAGAGAAGCGGUUGGACUAGGAAGCUGGGCUGUGCAGUUUCCUGGAACAAUUUAUUUUUGGGUAUCUUAGUUUAGUAACUGUUCCUUGCAUCUUAUUAUAGUACGUACAAUGUGAGAACCUUGUUCUUUAUUUCUUUCUAGUUGCUGAAUUGUGGAGGAAUAUUUGAUGGGUUUGUGGCCGUGCAAUUUCAGACUAAUGAUAACCCAUACAGUUUUGAGUUA